GUUUUCGUGGUUGUUGUUUUUAUGGCAACUGUGAACGGCCGUGUGGUCGGUUUGAAACUUCGUACCUAAUCACUUCUCUCUUUCUAACCACCAUCUUAUCUCUUGCAUAACUCUUCUUAGCGAAAUCUCUUCCAACUUGAUUGACUUUUGAUUCUGAAACAUGUCAAGCUAUCAGAUACUUGACUCAUCACCCAUUCGCAUUCCUUCUGUUCACGAUACGGAAGUUCACUCACGACCUCUAAAGCGCUCUGCAUCUCUAGCAUCCCUGCCUACUCCUCCUAGAACACACCACAAGCGAUCUCGUUCAAAAGCAGUCUCAACGACCUCUAGACACGCGUCAGAGGACAGUGGCAGCGCGUCAGAACUCGAGGACGACCUUGGUGGAAGCUACGCUGCUCGCAUCAGUGAAAGGCACAGCAAAAGUGAAGAUGAAAUCAUCGGAAAAAAGGAUGCCCAUGCGCUCAUAGGAAGGAAAAAGCGCCGAACCGCGGACGUCCUUCCUGCGCAUGACGAAGAAGAAGAUAACGAGAACUCGUUCUGGACUGGUCGUAGUGGUGGCGCAGUGUCUCAUGGGCGUAAAAAAUCAUCUACAGCAGAGGAUUCGGAAGAGGACAAGUCACCUUCACCUGCACUGUUGAAGUAUCGCGUCCGUGAGCCUGUUUCGCCUCCUCCUUCCCGUAGAGCACCCCAAGUCCAGCCUCGUGCAUCAUCAGUGCAGCGCUCGCGUUCGCCCCCACCUGCACUUUUUCUACCAAAGCCACCCGUGACACCUCCUCGCAAACUUUUCCUUCGUGCCCUUCCAUCUCCCUCGAAUUCUAAAGCUAAGAAAAUAUGGCCUACUCGAGACUCCCCCGACAAUCCUUUCCUCGCUGGCGAGGGCGAAGCAAGCGCAUCUAAUGCGAGCGGCUGGGAGAGCAGCGACAAUGAAUUACCUGUUGGAGAAGCCCCUAAGCGUGAAAGCACGCCAACUCCAGCUCCAGUGUUUGAGGAGAAGCCGACAAUAACCUAUGUCUUCCGAGGUCAAAAGGCAACCUUUCAUAACCCCCAAUAUCAUCUUCCCCCUGAAGUUCUUGAAGCGUCUAAACUGCCAAUCGAUCAUCCAGAUUUUGAAGUCGCUGAAGCAUGUCCCCCACGCCGGCUCUUCGUCAACAAGCUUAAGCGCAAGCCUCGUGACCGCAGCCAAGAUAUUCCUCCGAUCAGCUCCCUUGGCGCCAAACGUACAAAGAUCGAAUAUUUGGAUGCCAGCGCAUCUGAGGGCGAGAAAAGUACCGCGAGCACCAGCUCCCGCAAGAACAUUGUCUUCGCAGAUGGCACUGAGCGGGAGCCUGUAUUCUCCAAGCUCCAAAAUUCUGACAAAGGUGCUGAGCGCCUUGAGCUCCUGCAGCACGCUCGGGAGGAGCGCGAACGCAGGGAGAAAAACAGCAAGCAACGCCUGGCUUCGGAGGAUGGCCUGCGCGCCGGGGCGUUUAUUGCAGAGAGGGACAAUCCUGUUCGGCGGGCAAUGGGCCCUGCGCGUCAUUCGUAAGUUGCCAGCGACAUCGAUCAUCUUCAUAUCCUUCUCGAUCUCUUGUAUGUGCGAUACCUCUUUUCUUACUGUUAUGUUUUUUACGAUGCCCCCAUGUUCUCUCACCCCUGCGACACCUCAUCUAAUCUCAGCCCCAUUGAUACAUGAUUUUGUUAUAGUGCGUAUUACUCACCCAUCAGAUUCGUUGAUCCACUCGUUUACAUUGACCGCAUCCACCAAUUAGUCGCUGCAUUGACGUGCCGUGUCUACAUAACUCUACUUAGGCACCAGUUAGUCGUUCGGAGCUCUCGCGUCGAGCACAUUUGCCUACAUACACCUCGAAUCCAAUGUUCAUACUACCUCGUUAAAUGAAAGCUUGGAUAUCGAAUGCACUCAGUUGGCUGAACUCAUAGUAUUAGUAGGAACGAUCGCAAGAAUGAAUACAGCUCUUCUUCAAC